AAUCGAAGUAUCCACCAAGAUACCAGGAAAACAUCAAAGGGACUUAAACCGUACAGUUGUCUCUGGAAGCUUCGGGCUUUCUUCAGUGCUCCAAUUGUGAAGUUCUACUAUAAUGUUGUGUCAUAUGUUGGAUUUUUGUGGCUUUUUGCAUAUGUUCUGACAACUGAUUUCCAGACCUAUCCGUCAUGGAGGGAAUAUCUAUUGUACAUUUGGGUCUUUACCAUCUUCACUGAGGAGCUACGUCAGCUUUCUCUUUCUGCAGUUGUUUCUGUCUGUUGCAACAUUCGCUGUUUUAUGACCCGGAGCAUCGUGGCUUUGUGA